AUUUGCGAUAGUUGCCUACAUUAAAUCUACUUGCGCUAGAGCAUUGCUUGACUUUGCAGAAUCCGCGUGAGACUUUCGCUAGGCUUACCUCUCCCGUUGUUGCGCUUGGCUAAUUGACGACAGUGCAGGCAAAGCACUGCGAUAGUGUUGGACUUAGUUGCUAACACCAUCUUUUGGGUCACUUUCUGGAUUACCAGGGAAGCUAGGGCAAGGCAUUUCACGCUAGUCAGGCGUCCCCACGCUCGCGCCCAAUUGAAUUUACAUAUGGUUUUGACCUAAAGGCACAAGUUGACGGCUUUAAGGGAUGACGGAUCCUGGCGGAGGUACUGGGCCUGAGGCUCCAAGUGGACUUCAAGAGCAAGUGGAGGUCACCGGAAAGGUUGACUCCUGCAACCGGGAGUACAACCAGUUCCUGGUGUGUGGUAGCCUGUUCGAGUGCCCCGCCAAGUACUUGCCGAUCAAGCCUAUCGGCAAGGGGGCUUAUGGGGUAGUCUGUUCGGCUAAAAACCUAGAGGACCAGGAGAAGGUGGCGAUCAAAAAGAUUGCAAACGCCUUCGACAAUGUCAUCGAUGCCAAGCGCACGCUGCGCGAAAUUAAGUUACUGCUGCACCUGCAGCAUGAAAAUAUUGUCCAAAUAAAAGACAUUAUUCCGCCCAUGCACAAGGAUUCCUUCAAGGACCUGUACGUGGUGUACGAGCUGAUGGACACGGACCUGCACCAAAUCAUCCGCUCGCCGCAGCCCCUCUCCAACGACCACAGCCAGUACUUCCUAUACCAGCUCCUACGCGGCCUCAAGUACAUCCACAGCGCCAACAUCCUGCACCGCGACCUGAAGCCCUCCAACCUGCUGGUCAACGCCAACUGCGACCUCAAGAUAUGCGACUUUGGGCUGGCACGCACCAGUAUCAGCAACGAGAAGGAGUACAUGACGGAGUACGUGGUGACGCGCUGGUACCGCGCACCGGAGCUGCUGCUGUCCUGCUCGGGAUACACCACCGCUAUCGACGUGUGGUCUGUGGGCUGCAUCUUCGCGGAGCUGCUGGGCCGCAAGCCGCUGUUCCCGGGGAAGGACUACGUGCACCAGCUCAGCCUCAUCACCAAGAUCAUCGGCUCCCCCAGCGAGGAGGAGCUGGCCUUCAUCAGCAGCGAGAAGGCCAAGCGCUACAUCCGCUCCCUGCCGCGCAGCGAGCGGGUGGACUUCGGGCAGCUGUGGCCGCACGUGGGCAAGACGGCUCUGGACCUGAUCGACAAGAUGCUUGUGUUCGACCCCACCAAGCGCAUCAGCGUGGAGCAGGCGCUGGAGCACCCCUACCUGGCCUCGCUGCACGACCUCAGCGACGAGCCCACCUGCCCCACCCCCUUCACAUUCGACUUUGACGCCGACCACCUCACGCCGGACGUCGUACGGCAAGUAAUCUUGCAGGAUAUGGCAGAGCUGCACGACAACGCGCCUCAAUAAAGGCAAUGCCCAAGAGCCUUGCUCCUUCGUGUGGAAGGGCUGCUACUGCACCGCAGGCUGCACAUCUACCUUUGCAAUCGUGAAACCGGUUAUUGGUCCACUCGGGCGUUAGCAUUUUCCUGCUUACAAUGCUUGCGAUGCACGUGUUGUACUGGAGCAACGCUUGUUUGUUGAGUGGGUUACGUUAUGUGGUUACAACUUGCUCAGCCGCAGCUUUACAGUGUGAGCUAUUUUCAGCUGCUAAUUGUAAUUGGAGGUCAUAUCGUAUUAUUUCUCAGGCUGAGUUAGGUUCGACUUCUAUCAGGGCUGGAGACGCCCUGGGUUUAGUACGUAGGAUUUUUGUUGACAUAUCUUAAGGCGUGCUGCUUUUAGAACAAAACCAACAUUUGUGAAGCUAGCUGGUCUUGGCUGACAGGGGCGGCCUGGCAUUGUGGCAUACUUUCAGUCAUUGCGUACAUUGUAAGUAACGCUCUGUUCUUGACUAUUGGAGGCUCUCGUGUAUCCCGCUGUAAUUUUUGUGGCUACCCCUGCCACCAUCGCCCUUGUGUUGUGCAUCCUUUAGCGCUGGG